UUUUUAUUUGACAUUUGAUUAACGAGGCCAAAACAUGAAAUGAAAACAAGACAAACAACAUAUUAUAUUUUUGUUGUUUCGCCCAAAGAGUAUAAUAAAUAUAAGGGAAGUUUCGCCUACAUAAAUUGUGUUUUAUUUAUUGGCUUCAUUAAGUUGCAAUUUACAAUCGAUUAGAAUGAAUAAUUUCCAGAAAGAAUUUAUCAUGGACAUGUUUUUGGACAGUGAUCAUGCAUGUACUAUGAACAGACUAAUUGUGGCAACAGCUAAUGUUAUCAGUGAAAACAAUGAUAAUUUGAAUAUGUUCAGUACUGCUGUUGAAAAGGAAUUUGAUCUGACAUCAUUAGCUGAAGAAAAUCAAAGUCCCGGUGUGGUACCUGUUACGAGACGUCUGAAAGGAUUUUAUGAAAACUCUGUUCGCAAUUUUACGGAUGCAGAUUAUUCAGCUUGGUUCAAGAUCAAGAAAAGUACUGUUCAGGCACUUAUAAACUUUUUGAAGAAAUAUGUAAAACCUGGCAACAUCUCUUUAGAAAAAAAAGUUCAUGUGUUUCUUUGGUUAAUGGUGAGUGAUUGUUCUUAUAAUGAAAUUGGUAAAUUGUUUGGUCUGCAUAAAUCAUCUGUGAGCUACAUAUUCAAUGAGAUAGGCACUAUACUUACUGAACAUAGAUACAGUUUCAUUAGUUGGCCGUCUGUUGAGGAACAACACAUAACUAGAAUAAAGGUUAAUAGUAGGUUUAAGUUUCCCAACUGCGUAGGCUUCAUAGAUGCCUGCCGAUUUAAAGUUGGAUCGAAAAGAAAUAAAAAAGAUAAGCCAGAAAUAAUUCUCUUACAAGCUGUCUGUGAUGAAUCGUUAAUGUUCUUAGAUAUUCAUAUAGGAGAAGUAGGUAAAACUAGAAAAAAUAGAGUCUUCAAAGAGAGCACUCUUUCACAUGAGUUGAAGAAUUUUAUUGAGUUUGAGAAUCAUAUUUUAGGGGACUCUGAGUAUAAAUUGAAGAAAAAUCUAAUCACUCCAUUUACGAGUGAGGAGUUGUUGACAAGCGAGGAAAUGAAGUUCAAUGAGAUUCAUUGGAAAACGCGUAGUUAUAUUGGUCACGCUUUUGAAUUGAUGAAGGAGAGGUUUAGGAAGUUGAAUCAUAUUGACAUUGUGAAGGUGGAAUCAGUUCACCUACUUAUAUCUGUUGCGUGUAUACUCCAUAAUUUUAUACUGAUACAUGAGGGCUCUUCAGAAGUAAAGGAGGAAGCAGUAGCUUGUGAUGAUGGAGUCUCCAUCAACACAAGUAUUGUACAAACUGCUUUAGAAAAAAGACAAUUCUUAUGUAAUUAUAUUAAUUAUAUUGACACUGAAGAAGUAGGAUAGUUUUUUUAUAUGUUUGUAUAU